GCAGCGCGCGCGAUCUCUUGGAGAAGUUUUCGGACUUCUCCGUGGACCUGGGGCAUUCUGUCAGCAGUGCGAUGCUCAAGCGCCAGGCCCAGAUGAAAAUGGAUGUCAUUGACUACUGGCGGUGUGCGCUGUCAGUUGUUUUAGCUGACUGGGCUGGGUAG